UGGUCCGGCUGUGCGGAGCGUGUAUCCACGUGGAUUCAUAGUUGACAGAAAUUUAUCUAUUAUAUCGCACAUAGAGUGGAAAUUAUGUCUAAAGGAGAUUUAGUGGAGUUCCACAGACGAGCUGUGCUUGCGGAAAAUGAGAUUGAACUGUUGAAGAACGAGAUUGAAGUAUUGAAGACUCUGCUGAAGCCCAAGGCAUCGUCCUCUAAUGAAUUGACUGAACUCCAACAGGAGAAUACGAAGCUGAAGCACCGGGUGGCUAUUCUUACACGGUACGUUAAUUCACUGAGAGAAAAGGAAGCUAUGCUAGGAAAACCCAAUGAAGAAAUGAUAAGUAUUUAUAACGAGCUGGAGAAACUCUUCCUCGAGGCGAUUAACAAGACUUACCCCGAUCUGGUCGACCCACCAGUUGUAAUCACACAGUCUAAAGAUGCUAAGUUCGGGGAUUAUCAAUUUAACAGCGCUAUGCCUCUGGCAAAAUUACUUGCAGGUCAAGGUACAAAAGCCUCACCUCGAGACGUGGCCAGCGCAAUUUUCCCCAACGUCUCUCCCUCCCCACUCAUCGAAAAACUGGAGAUCGCUGGCCCAGGCUUCAUAAACAUCUUCUUGAAACGAGACUUCGGAUUAGAUGCCCUCAAGAACCUGCUGAAGGCUGGCAGAGUUCCGCCCCCAGCCGUCGAUAAGCAGAGGAUAGUCGUGGAUUUCUCGAGUCCAAACAUCGCCAAGGAGAUGCACGUGGGUCAUUUGAGGUCCACAAUCAUUGGAGAGAGUAUUGCUAGGCUCCUGGAGUACUUGGGACACGACGUGUUGAGGCUGAAUCACGUGGGUGACUGGGGAACUCAAUUCGGAAUGUUAAUCGCCCAUCUCCAGGACAAAUUCCCAGACUAUUUAUCAGUGUCCCCACCAAUUUCCGAUCUCCAGAGUUUCUACAAAGAAUCGAAGACUCGGUUCGAUACAGACGAAGAAUUUAAAAAACGAGCAUAUGCUUGUGUUGUGAAACUCCAAGCCUUCGAGCCAGACAUCACAAAAGCCUGGAACAUGAUAUGCGAUGUUUCGAGGAAGGAAUUUGAUAAACUGUACAAACGCCUGGAUGUGAAGCUCAUCGAGAGGGGUGAGUCCUUCUACCAGAAGAUGAUGGAGGAGAUUGUCAAGGAUCUGGAGUCUAGGGGGCUCCUGGAGGAGGAUGAGGGGAGGAAGAUCAUGUGGGGGGAGAAACCAAACACAGGGAUUCCCCUGACGAUAGUCAAGUCUGAUGGCGGAUUCACGUAUGAUACUUCUGAUAUGGCUACUUUGAAACAUCGAAUCGAGAAUGAAAGGGGAGAGUGGCUGAUUUAUGUCACCGAUGCUGGCCAGGCGGUUCAUUUCCAGAUGCUCGAGAGCUGUGGUAAACGGGCUGAAAUACUUAAGGAUCAAAGAUUCAGUCACGUAACAUUUGGAGUUGUACUCGGUGAGGAUAAGAAAAAAUUCAAGACUAGGUCAGGUGAUACAGUCAAACUACUCGAUCUACUCGACGAAGGGCUCAAGAAGGCCCUAGAUACACUCAAGGCGAAGGGACGUGACAAGGAACUAACCCCUAAAGAAUUGAAAGCAGCGCAGGAGGCAGUGGCCUACGGCUGCAUAAAAUACGCUGAUUUAUCCCACAAUCGCAAUCACGAGUACAUCUUCUCAUUCGACAAGAUGUUGGAGGACAAAGGCAAUACUGCAGUUUACCUUCUGUAUCAGUUAACAAGGAUCAGAUCCAUAGCCAGAGCUGCCAACAUCACACCAGAGCAGAUAAAAAAGGCCAUCGAGACAACUCCUCUGACCCUUGACCACGAGAAGGAGUGGAAAUUAGCCAAAGUACUCCUCAAGUUCCCUGAUGUUCUCCUCAGGAUCACUAAAGACCUGUACCUCCAUCCCCUCUGCGAACUUUGUUACGAAAUAGCAUGUGCUUUCUCAGAAUUUUACGACAACUGUUACUGCGUGGAGAAGAACAGUACUGGGGAGAUUGUCAAAGUUAAUAUGGGGAGGAUUCUGUUGGCCGAGGCGACAGCUAUUCUACUUGAACAGUGCUUCUUCAUUCUUGGCUUGAAACCUGUAGCUCGUAUGUGAUUUUUUUACGGUUGUGGGAGAGAAAUAAACGUUCAA